CAGUAGUGUUCUCUUCUCCUCUCGUCGUCUCUCUUUAGCAACUUUUUUUUUUAAUUCUCAGCUUACUGUCUUUUUUUUUAUCUGACAUUUGUCUUAAGAUUCUCUCUUGAACGAUCUCUUAUCCGUAACUAGUAAGUUUUAUAAAUGGAAAUGUUUCUAAAAGUUUUAGAUUCUUGUUUGAGAUAGAUCGCAAUGUAUGUAUGAUCCUCGUGAAUUAUUUUAUGAGUUUUCGUUCUGUUGCGAAGGAUUUUUGUUCUGUUUUCUCGGAUUAGGCGUUAGUUUAAGGAGGAUAAGCUAAGCAGCGAGAUUUCUUCUUUCUCAGAAAAUAUUACUCAUUUUUUAAUUUGUGGGCAAUACUAUAGUGUAAGUGUAACAGCUGUGUGUCUCUGGCCCACAUUAUACUUCAUUUUUGUUUUGUUAUUUGUUUGUUGUUUCUCAAUUCCAUUGCAUAUGACUCUCAAUUAAAAGCAUUAAGCUUCUGUAGCUGAAAAUUUUGAUUUUCUUUUUUUUUGUGUUUAUCGUAAAAAUCACCCGACAGAUAUCUGUCUAGGAAUAGUUCUUUGUACUGUAAUCGCCAAGAAUGUCUGUCCUUUGCACUUAAGUAUGUGUAUAUUAUUAAAAAAUUUGAGAGAACAUGUUUCAAGUUCUGAAUUUUUUUACUAGUUAGUUUAUGGAUUGGGAAACAAAAUUGCUUGAUAGAUUUUCUGAAAGAGAGCUGAGAUUCAGUUCUGUGAAUCUAGCUUGUGAUUUGUCAUGGCAUGUUAUAUUAGAUUGGUUUAUGGGCAACAUUGUCGGGUUCUGUUCAAUUAUUGUGACAUACUUUGUUAUUUGUAGUGUAAAAACAUGGACUUGACUUAAAUUUGGCAUUUUGGGAUGGACCGGAGACCGGAUUUUCCUGAAACUUUUGCUAGAUUGAAGUGUGAGAGUGAUAAAAUGAAUGACGUGAAGCAUUUCCUAAUGGAACCUAAAUAUGACAAUAUGGCGGUGGAUAGUUUCUUAGGUCUCGGUAUGGAGACUAUGGGCAUUAGCUCCAAGAUGGAGGAAUUUUCUCAUGGAUUUGACUUUAGCUUUCUCCCAGAUUAUGGUGGUCUACACUCUUGUAAAACUCAAGAUGGGGAAGCAGGUUUAAAGCUCGAAAUUCUUGAUGGGUUUCUGGAUGAAGUUGAUGAAGUGGAAGAUAUCUACGCAUCACAUGAUCUUUCUUCUAUUGGUAAUGGUAACCAAUUCCUUCCAGAAACAGAAGUCAAGAAGAAAGUAUCUGAAUCAGAUGGUCACCCUUAUGGUCUUACGAACUUCAGUUCAGAAUCUUAUUCUCCUGGAAUUAGUGGAAGCAUCGGAUUCUCUGAGUGGUCAAAUGAAACUGUUCGACAUACUGAUUCCAAGAACGUAUCCAGUGGAAAAGUUAAAGAUAGCUUGGCUACGAAUUCAAACGAUAUGCGUUGUUUCUAUGAGUCAGAAGAUGACAAGAAACCAUUAUCCACUUUUAUUGGCUCUUGGGUUGGACGAGGCAAGAGACGAAAAAAGAACUUCCGUAACACCAGCUCUAGUAGAUUAGAUUCUUUGGAUGGAACAACGUCUUGUGUGUCCUAUGACUUCAGGCCUCGGAAUGGACCUCUGAAGAAAUGCAUUCAUACUAAAACGGAGCAUACAAUAUCUGAUGAUCAACAAACUUCAUCUGAGAGCGAAGAUUACAUUUCUGUAACAAACAGAUCCAAAAGCAGAAGUGACAGGAGAAAGCAUCAGAGGAUGUGGACUGUUGAUGAAGUGGUGAAGUUGCUUGAUGGUAUUUCUCAUUUUGGUGUUGGCAAAUGGACCGAUAUAAAGAACCUCUUCUUUGAUUCCGCAUCGUAUCGCACACCCAUCGAUAUCAGAGACAAGUGGCGUAAUCUACUAAAAGCAUGUUGUAAUAUCAAGUAUAAUGAUGAAGAGGCUGAAGAAAAACGAAGAUCAGCGUCUCGCACUAUCCCGAAGGAUAUACUACUUCGUGUAAGAGAACUUGCUUCACUCGACUCCAAAUCAUUGUGUUUCGCUCAUGAUUACUCAAGAAGCCGAAGCACUUCAAAUAGGAAGAAGAAGAGGAGUUGAUAUUGAUAGUCCAUAGAAAAUUAAAAUCAGAACCGAAUCGUUUUAACUCUUUUGGAAAGUUUAAGUUCUAUGUAGGAUAUUAAAUACAUACUUUGUUAAGUAUGACUUCUUUU